GGGCUUUUUGGUUUCCCUCUUUCCUCAUGUCGGAUUUUAAUUGAUGCAUGCGCCCUCGAUGGAGUUGGAAAAGGCAAAGCUUUCACUUUUAUUUCCGAGGAGAUCUGAGGAAAAUGUGUUUUAGAAGCAGAGCCGUUUGAAUGGAGAGAAAAUACCAAAUUUAAAAACGUGCUCUGUCGCUCCUCCUCCUGCAAGUGAGAUGACAGAGCUGCUUUUCUUCUUUUUAUAACUGGAAAACUGCGUUUAUAUCUGCUAAUUUCUCUAUGCUGCCUGUUUGUUCUUUGGUUUCUGGGAGUCCUAAUUAGAGAGAACCAUCCUGGUAGUUGUUGCUUUUGGGUUGUUUUGAAAACGAGCAAGAAAAACUCGCUCACACCAUCUUUGUUUUUCAGAAUUAUUGUUUGUUGUUGUUUCUGAAGGGGGAUUGGAUUUCAAAUGCCAGAAUUUCAAAUGCCAAGCAGGACCUGUUAUCACUAACAGUAAAUUGUUAGGGCUAUGCACACAAAAGGAGUAAACUGUCUUUGAGUGACCUUGGGAAAGAAAUGUUAACUUGAAGGUGUUGUCUAUUCCUGUAUAUGUGAAUUUAUUUGUUAAAAUAUGAAGGUGUUGUCUGUUCCUUUAUAUGUGAAUUUAUUUGUUAAAGUAUCUUGAAUAUACGUUUUUUAAAAAGCUUUUGAAGGAUAAAAUUUAAUAAUUUUUCUUUUCAUCCCUUGGAAAAGCAAGCAACAAAAUAUGCAUAGAAAUGUGAUCUAUUGUAUUCCCUAGUUCACACCAGUGAUCCAAACAUACUGUUCGUUUGGGCUGCUGGAGCAGUGUUGGGGCUGGAGGGGAGCGGGAGGUACCUGAGUGCGUAAGUGGACAAGCUGGUCGUUAAUUGACUCGUGUUACUGUGAUGAAUCAAACCUUCACUGCCUUGGACUAAGUGAAAAUAGUGAAGUGAAAAUGGUGUUGUGCAGAAUUAUUAGAGUUGCACCUGGCUUUGAGGUGGUUUUUGACUUCUGGAGGCUGCUAGACAAUUCAGAUAUGCUUUAACAGAGAUGUGUGUGGAGGGUGGGAGUCUUAAUUCAUCUACAGCCAGUACUUGGUACAAGGUUUGGUAUCAUCUUGUUGUAGCAAAGCUGCUUCUAUCUGGCAUGAACUGACUAUAUUUACUAAAUGCAGCUUUGGUCUUUUAUUUGGUUGAAUACUCACCUGUUUUUCUGUGAGACAGACUGCAAGAGUUUAUGUUGCAAGCUCAGAGCAGUGUGCAUACAAACAAAUAAGUCGUGGCUGUGAGAACAGCUCUGCAGUUUCUGUUCCUGUUCUGCACAGAACAGCGGGGAGCCCCACACUCUCUCUGUGAUGCCCGGGCUGGGAUGAGCAGGUUUUUGAGUCAUGAUGCAAGAAUCUGGGACUGAGACAAAAAGUAACGGUUCAGCCAUUCAGAAUGGAGCGAGCGGUGGCAACCAUUUACUAGAGUGCAGCCUGCGGGAAGUGAGAUCAAACGGCGAGACACCUUCCGUUGAAAUUGGGGCUGCAGAUUUAGCACAUCUUCAGCAACAGCAGGCUCUCCAGGUGGCACGGCAGCUUCUCCUGCAACAGCAGCAGCAGCAGCAGCAGCAGCAGCAGCAGCAACAAGUUAGUGGAUUAAAGUCUCCGAAGAGGAAUGACAAACAGCCAGCCCUUCAGGUUCCAGUGUCGGUGGCUAUGAUGACACCUCAAGUGAUCACUCCCCAGCAAAUGCAGCAGAUCCUCCAGCAACAAGUGCUAACUCCCCAGCAACUCCAAGUCCUGCUCCAGCAGCAGCAGGCACUCAUGCUUCAACAGCAGCAGCUUCAAGAGUUUUAUAAGAAACAACAGGAACAGUUGCAGCUUCAACUUUUACAGCAACAACAUGCUGGAAAACAGCCUAAAGAGCCCCAGCAGCAGCAAGUGGCCACACAGCAGUUGGCCUUUCAGCAGCAGCUCUUACAGAUGCAGCAGUUGCAGCAGCAGCACCUCCUGUCUUUGCAGCGUCAGGGGCUGCUGACAAUCCAGCCCGGGCAGCCUACUCUGCCUUUGCAACCCCUUGCACAAGGCAUGAUUCCAACAGAACUGCAGCAGCUCUGGAAGGAAGUGACAAGCUCGCACACAGCGGAGGAGGCAGCCAGCAACAACCACAGCAGCCUGGACCUGUCCACCACCUGCGUCUCCUCCUCCGCGCCCUCCAAGACCUCCUUAAUCAUCAACCCACACGCCUCAACUAAUGGACAGCUAUCAGUCCACACUCCUAAACGGGAGAGUUUAUCCCACGAGGAGCACUCACACAGCCAUCCGCUCUACGGACACGGCGUAUGCAAGUGGCCGGGCUGUGAAGCAGUAUGUGAAGACUUCCAGUCAUUUCUAAAACAUCUCAACAGUGAGCAUGCGCUGGAUGAUAGAAGUACAGCCCAAUGUAGAGUACAAAUGCAGGUUGUACAGCAGUUAGAGCUACAGCUUGCAAAAGAUAAAGAGCGCCUGCAAGCCAUGAUGACACACCUGCAUGUGAAGUCAACUGAACCAAAAGCCACCCCUCAGCCCCUGAAUCUGGUAUCGAGCGUCACGCUUUCCAAGACCGCGUCCGAGGCGUCUCCGCAGAGCUUACCUCAUACUCCCACCACCCCGACUGCGCCCAUCACUCCCGUCACGCAGGGACCGUCAGUCAUCACUACCACGAGCAUGCACAACGUCGGACCCAUCCGGAGGCGGUACUCGGAUAAAUACAACGUCCCCAUUUCUUCAGCAGAUAUUGCCCAGAACCAAGAAUUUUAUAAGAACGCAGAAGUUAGACCACCAUUCACGUAUGCAUCUUUAAUUAGACAGGCCAUCCUGGAAUCUCCCGAAAAACAGCUAACACUAAAUGAAAUCUACAACUGGUUCACGCGAAUGUUCGCUUACUUCCGACGCAACGCGGCGACGUGGAAGAAUGCAGUGCGUCAUAAUCUUAGUCUUCACAAGUGUUUUGUGCGAGUAGAAAACGUUAAAGGGGCAGUAUGGACAGUGGAUGAACUAGAGUUCCAAAAACGAAGGCCACAAAAGAUCAGUGGUAACCCUUCUCUUAUUAAAAACAUACAGACCAGCCACACCUACUGCACACCUCUCAAUGCUGCUUUACAGGGAGAAGAAGCAGCUCUCUCCCCCCUCUGUCUGUGGAAGGCUUCAAUGGCUGAGAACAGUAUACCUCUAUACACUACUGCUUCCAUGGGAAAUCCCACUCUGGGCAAUUUAGCCAGUGCGAUGAGGGAAGAGCUCAAUGGUGCAAUGGAGCAUACGAACAGUAACGGGAGUGACAGCAGUCCAGGACGUUCCCCUAUGCAAGCGAUGCACCCCGUGCAUGUCAAAGAAGAACCAUUAGACCCAGAUGAAAAUGAAGGCCCUCUAUCCUUAGUGACAACAGCCAACCACAGUCCAGAUUUCGAUCACGACAGAGAUUAUGAAGACGAACCUGUAAAUGAGGACAUAGAAUGAGUAUGUCUGACAUCGUUACCCUGAGAAUGAAGAUUGGAAGAACACGUCAAACUUAGCUGUGAAAUCUCUCCAUUAUUGUACAGUCUGGAGAAUUCUCAGUCCACUUUGACAACUAUGAAAUAUGUUAACUCUUAGUGCCAUCAAGUAUCCCAUUUGGGAGUAUUUUUGAUUUUUCUACUUUUUGUUGAAAAAAGGAAUUUGUACUCUGUGCAUUGGAUGGACUUGUUUGGUACUUGGGAUUUUCCUCUCUUACAGUCAACAUCAGUGUUGUAAAUUUGCUAAACUGAUUCACUUGCAUUUAGCAGCCAGCUGUGGACUGCAGGUCCUGCCAAUUUUGGACACUUGAGGACAUCAAACUGAGCAUGUACACCUGAACUGCAGAUCAAGUCUUUGCCCAGAUUUUAAGGAUUCCAAUGGACAACAUAUUUGCACAGUACUGCAUGUUGAUUAUCACUGCCUUUACUCCAUUUUUUUUGUUUGUUUUUUGGUUGGUUUCUUUUUUUUUUUUUUUUGCUUCCAUUUGGGAUGGGGAAGGCCUGUGUGUGCACGUGUGUGGGUAUGUGUGUGUGCGUGUGAGCGUGUAUAUCGGGGAGGGGUUCAAAGAAAAAAUUAUCCCAAACUUUUUAAUGUAUUGCUUUUAUUCCCCCGCCCCACUUCUCCUCUACCAUUUUAAGUUCUGACCUCAGGCCUCAUCUGGGCCCAGGGCCUCUCGGAGGCUUCAACGUUUUCUGUACUUUGUGAUGAAUGUUAAUAGGUGUUUUUAUUAUACGAAGCUGAAUGUCAUUGAAUUGUUUGUAGUUUUUUCUGUCAUUCAUUCCAGUUUCCUUCAGAUGCCACCAUGUUUUCUUUAGCUAUGGAAAACAUUCCAUUUCGGUGUCUCCUUUUUUGUUGUUGUUGUUUUUUGAAAAGGUCCCAAAUGCUGCACGAUACAUGUGGAAGGGUUGUCCAACGGAGAGAGAGGAACGAAGUACUGCAAGAAUGAGAAUGAAUGACAGAUGAACAUAGAAACACUGUAGGAAGCAACACAGAUUCAUUCCACAAAGCAGUAUUUUUAAUAUAUUUUUGUUUUGUUUGGGUUUUUUGAUUUCUUUUCCUUUUUUUUUUUUGGCAGCAAUGGUGAAUAUUAGCAAAUGCCACAAAACUGAACAGCACAAAGAAAUAUAUGCAGCACCAACAGAGUUCACUUUUAGUAGAGAAUGAAUAGUACAGUGGCAGGUUCUCGGUUGUUUAACACGAGUUCUUAAUGGGUCAACAAAUCUUUCUGGAAUAUCUGAGAUUACCGAGAUGGGCACCUAUACAUUUAUUAUUACGACCUUUAUUUUUUUUUUUAGCAUUUUUGCAUUUGCAUUUGCAAAUAGUGGUUGGAAAGAUGACUUCAUUAAAUUGUUAUUGUAUGUGGGUGAUGUUUCACGGUUAAACAUCAGUUCAGGAUUGCUUGGUGGCAUUAAUCUGUUUGAAUACAAAUUAGAUUUCAGAUUGAACUUGUUACGGGAGUUAAUAAGGACGGAGCCCCACUAAUGCUAAAGUGUUAAUUUUCAGCUGUGCAAAUCCAGUACUGCAGUUACGAUUGUUAUGCAAUAUUACACCAGCCAGUAUGGAAACCUCGCCGUAGGAGACGGGAGAGCCAGGAGAGAAUUCGCGCCGGGGCUUGUUAGGGCAAAACUGGCAAAGCUCUGCGAAGCAAACACGACAUACAAAAUCUGUUGCGAUAGGUCAGUAAACCUCGGUCACCAAACACCUACACGUUUGCAUUCUGCAACCACUUUUCUGUCACUCAUUUAUUUAUGUAGGACUGUAGCUUUUUUUUUUUUUUUUUUAUUAUUUCAAAAAGCCUUUCAGAGCUUAAUUUAUAUUCUUCUUUGAACCUUUUUUUUUUUCCUAAAAUUACCAAAGAUAUUACACAAAGGUAAAUUAUGUUCUCUGUUAUAUGCUUUAUCUUAUGAAGCCAAAUAUCCUCUUAUUGUUGAUCAAAGGAGGUUGAAGAAUUUAGAGGGAAAUGACAAGAUGUGGGCUAUUGCUAACCUGAGAGGGAAACUGCUCCUUUAUUCUAGAAAAUUUAGAAGGCCAAGUAGAUGUCUGAACCAAAGUUGUUACUUUUUAUUUGCAAUUCUUUACAGUGACCAAAAUGAAAGUCUGUAAAGAGGAAUUGAGGAGAGCUUUUGAGGCUAAAACUAGAAAUCAGUGUUACUGGUGGAGCUACGAGAAGGGAGCUGGAGAAAGCAAAGACACAGUUAUUUCACGGAAAAUUAGAGUAUCAGAUAAAGGAGACAGUUUAAUAAAACACAGAAGAGAACAGAAAAGCUCCCACAAUUUAACUGGACGACAUAAUAGUAUUUCUAGAAUUAAAAGAAAUAAUUUUUUGGUCUUUGGUUCUACAGAUUGUGUGCCACUUCUGUUCCGGGACUGUGCUGGGAUGACUGCUUUAAUUUUGGUUGAUCUUGGCACAUUUGCUCAGUUUUGUUUAGUUUUUGGUCAGCAUUUUUCAUAAGGAAAUAACACUCCUGUCCACUCAUAAGCUUUGGUACAAGAAAUUUUAUUGGCAGUUACUUUUAUAAACCUCAACUCUGCUUUCUGUUUCGAAAAGACAAGGAAAAAAAAAAAAAGAAAAAAAGGGCAGUCUGUGGUCAUUUGGAAACAUUUUUUUUUUUUUUAUUGGUUUAAAUUAUAUCCAGGCAGCUUCGUGACGUGCCGGCGGUAGCCAGACAGGGAUCAUGAGAAUUGAGCCCUGUGCUUCUAAACUGAGUGGUUUGCUGGUUAGUUCGGUAUUCAGAAGGGGGAUAAAAAUCUGGUAGAUUAGUUCAUUCUCAGCAUGUGUAGCUAGACAUGAGUAAAGAUAACAGCAUGAGAAACUGUUAGUACGCAUACCUCAGUCCAAACUGUUAGGGAAUGAGUAAAUAAAAAAUACAUUUCACUCAGUUGCACUUAGUUGUAUGUCUUGCAUGCUUAGUCUAAAGACUGUAGCAAAAAUUAAAAAAAAAUAAAAAAAGAGAAAAAGAAAUAAAAAAUUAGAGUUUAACAUAUCUGGCAGGUGUUGCAGCCUUGCAGAAGAACCAACUGAAAAUCUCAGGCUUUACAUCAAGCAAACUUCACUAUGAUUUUUACAAUUCUGAUUCUGUAUCCCUUUGGAUAUACAGUUGCUUCUUUAGGGAGGGGUUUAUUAUGUUGUACAUAUAUAUCCCACUGUGUCUGUGUGAGCCUUUGUCUUUUGGGGGGAGGGUGGGGAGGGAGGAAAAGGUGGAAAGGUCCUUUUUUUAGAUAUCAUUCCUCAAAAGGAAUAAAUGCAGACCUGUUUGUCAAAACACCUUUUGCUUUUUGUGCAACUGCUUUAUAUUAACUAUACUAAAAAAAAUAGCUUUGAAAAAAAAAACUACUGUAUGUAAUGGAAUUGCAGAAUACGCUGCACAUGUAUUUUAUUUAGUUAUCCUUGCUUUAAGAAUAUUGGAUGACAUUUGCUGACAUGUGGGAGAAAAUCCCUGACUUUUUUUUUCAGCUUUUAAAUUGUAACAUAGUUGACAGAUUUUUUUUUCUCCUGUUAUCAUUGAUCGAAGCAUUUUUGUACAGUUUUUGUGUUUAAGCUGGUUUUUUUGAUACUUUCCCACCCCUUCUGUUAUCUUACCACUGCCUUUUCUGGCUGUCUUAAACAAAGUUCAUAUAUUUGAAAGGAAAAAAAAAAAUCGUUUAAAAAAAAAAUGUUUUUCUCCUGCUGCAGUAAAUAUUUUGCAUGAUGAAUUCCAGGGUCACACUUUCAAAGUUUAUCAGUGAAGUAGUGAUUAAUAAUGGGGAGUGUCAAACUAUUGAACUUUUUGUAUAAAAAAACAAAAAAAAAACUUUACAAGGUGCCAAGAUGUAAAGACAAUUUGUUACAUGUUUUUUUUCUCAAAGAAAAGCGUACAUUAUGAAAGUAGUACCAUGUAUCAGGUAAAUCGCUGUCAGGAAUGAGAGUCAAAGCCUUCCUUGUCCACAAAAAAAAAAAAAAGUUUGUAAAUGUAAAACCUGUUAGGUUUCCGCAUUCAACUAGAAGUGAAAUGAAAAAAAAAUAAAAUAAAAUAAAAAUCAAGGCUUAUGUAGAACAAGUGACCACAAAAAAAAAAAAAAUGACCUUUUUUUGAUUCUCACUCGCAAGAGUCCCACUGCAGGUCCUACACCUCCCCUCCCCUGGAGCUCAGCUUCAGGAAGAGACCGGGGCAGGGAUGCUGGUUCUACAAAUAUUGCAGAUCAUUAGAUAUUUUAUAUAUACACAUACAUAAAUAUAUAUAUAUAUAUAAAGUUUUUUAAAAUAAUUUUGAACUAUUGUAGUUUUCAGAUCGCCAAUAAUCUCACGUUCAUUAUAGCAUGGGAGAAAAAAAAAAAAACCAAACGUGUUUAAACUCUUUUGGAAUCCUUUGGUACCUUUGGUUAAUGAACUCAGAGUGAUUUUUUUUAGAUGUUUCAGAAGUCAUUUAGUAUUCUAGUCUUGCGAGGUGAAUUUGCAGUUCAGGACUGCAUUUUAAUGGGCCCAGAACAGGCAACCAAGUAUCUUCUACCCAUAAGCCUUGAUGAAAAUGGUACAGUCCAGACUGUUAGCAUGGUGCUUCGUGUGUAUGUGCUGCCAGUAACAAGAUUUUUUUUUUUUUUUUUUGAUAAGGCAUAAAAGAAACUCAUUCCUUACAUCAACUGUAAUUCCAUCAUUCCAUGUCUGUUGAUACAGACAAUAAAAAAUGUUGUGUAGUCAGUACUAAUUACUGACAUUAUAGCAUUCUCAAAUGCAAUAAAAAUGCUGGUUGUUCACACUGGUAA